AAUAACCAUCUAUAAAUAGUGGGCACAAAUGUUCAAUUUGACCCCGUACCAUUAUUGUUUUAGCUUUUAUAUUUUCAAGAUUCUGUCUCUCUCUCUCUGCUCUUUUCCUAAGAUGGCCCGUACCAAGCAAACUGCUCGUAAGUCAACUGGAGGCAAGGCUCCAAGGAAACAGCUUGCCACUAAGGCUGCUCGUAAGUCAGCUCCUACUACUGGAGGUGUGAAGAAGCCUCACAGAUACAGACCUGGAACUGUUGCUCUUCGUGAAAUUCGUAAGUACCAGAAGAGUACUGAACUCCUAAUCAGGAAACUCCCAUUCCAGAGGCUGGUUCGUGAAAUUGCUCAGGAUUUCAAGACCGAUUUGCGUUUCCAGAGCCAUGCUGUUUUGGCUUUACAAGAGGCAGCUGAAGCUUAUCUGGUUGGAUUGUUUGAGGACACCAAUCUCUGUGCCAUCCAUGCUAAGCGUGUUACCAUCAUGCCUAAAGAUAUUCAGCUUGCGAGGAGAAUCCGUGGUGAGAGGGCUUAGAAGAGCUCUAUUUGCUUGCAAGGCUUGCAUAGCUACUAAUUGUUCAUGUAAUUGUUGGGGUGGUAGGAGUGUUUUGUGUCAAGAUAUUAAUUUUUGUUUUGGUCAGUUCUUUGUUUUUUGUUACAUUCCUAGUGGAAUGUUUAAUUAGGAAGAAACUUGUAGGCCACUUAUGCUUGAAUGGCUGAGUCGGUACAGUGGAUUUUUUUGUUUUUGUUGCUAUGAAAACUCUGGAACAAUGUAAUAUUGUUCCUUAACGAUGA